AUGGUCAAGUUAGCCACAGCCGUUGUGUACAUUAAUGAUGCAGCUGGAUAUCUUCAUCCCUGUAGAGCACUAUUGGACUCAGGAUCACAAGUUAGUUUUAUAACUGAUGCCUGUGCCCAAUUUCUUGGAUUGUCUAAAACAAAAUGUUUUAUACCAAUAGUUGGUAUCAACUCAAUGAAGUCAGAUGCACAGAGAUUGCAACCUGUUGUUAUGUACUCUCGGUUUGAAAAUUACAACGUUUCAUUAGACCUUCAUCUACUUCCUUCAAUCGCAAAUGAUAUGCCAUCUCAAUUAAUACGUUUAGAUCAGUCGAAGAUUCCAGAUAUUGUUAAUGAACAAUUGGCAGAUCCAAGCUAUGAUACACCAGGCAUGAUAGAUAUAUUACUUGGUGCAGAAAUGUUUUAUACACUUUUCAGUGGAGAAAAAGUUGACAUUACAAAUAAUUUAGUGUUUCACAAAACCACACUUGGGUGGGUUCUUACUGGAAGGGUAUUAAAUAGAGAAGUUAUACUACAGUAUAGACCUUCUGCUUGCGUUUGUGCUAACGAUUCAACCAUAAAUUCAGCGCUUUCACUAUUUAUCAGUAAUUCAAGUGUUCGUAAAGAUGAAGAAGAUGGAGCUGAACAGCAUUUUAAGAAGACACACAGAGAUGAUUCAGGACGAUUAGUUGUUAGCCUUCCGUUAAAUACUAAAAUUAGUUCGCUUGGUAAAUCUAAACACAUGGCGCAACAACGAUUCUUCAAUUUGGAAAAACGGUUAUGUAAAGACAGGGAACUAUGCGGAGCCUACCAUAAGUUAUGUCAGAGUACAUAG